AUGUCGGUUUAUUCAUUGAACUCAGUGGAGUCUCUACAUUCUAUUUCUCGAUUGGUUUCUAGGGGCACUAGUAGACGCCCAACUGCAAGACCAACCACAACAGCCACCAGUGUCGCAUCCCAGGACAUUAUCUGUGCUGUCAGCGAAUCGCGCGGUGUUCCAUCUACUGUUGGUCUCGCAUUCGUCAAUCUUGUAACGGCUGAAGCAGUUCUUUGUCAGAUAUGUGACAGCCAAACUUAUGUGAAGACAAUUAUCAAAAUCGGGGUCUUCGAGCCCAGCGAGAUUCUGUUUAUGAACACUGCCAAAGAGUCCAAGUUUCGCUAUAUCAUCCAGGAGAACUUGCCUGAACCUAUUUUCACCUUCCUAGACCGCAGGCGGUGGUCCGAAAAAACAGGACAUGAAUAUGUGGAGCGACUCUCCUUUUCAGAAGAACUCGACUCGCUCAAGGUGACGCUGGGUGGGAACUAUUUCGCAGCUUGUUGCUUUGCGGCAGUUCUCAAAUAUGUUGAAGUUGAACUCCAGCGAUCGUUUGCGUCCCACUCUUUGCGCAUUCGAUUCGAGCCAUCCCAAGGUUCUAUGACAAUUGACCUCGCGACUAUUGUAUCCCUCGAGCUCAUCCAGAACUUACAGAAUGCGAAGUCUAAGGAGAGCCUAUAUGGACUGCUCAAUGAGACACUAACACCUAUGGGAGCAAGAUUGCUCCGGGCUAGUAUUCUCCAACCUUCAACAGAACGAGGCAAGCUGACAGCAAGGUACAAUGCUGUGGAAGAUCUCACAACCAAAGAAGACAUGUUUGUCUCUGUGAGACAAACGCUGAAGGGGUUUAUUGAUGCCGAUAAAGUCUUGACUGCGAUUAUCUUGGUUCCUACUAAACAGACCAUCCAAUACAUCGAGCAGUCUGUGAACAAUGUCAUUAUGCUCAAAACAUAUGUGUCUGCAAUUAAGAAAAUCUUCCAGGCCCUUGCAACGGCGCAAAGUGAUUUACUUCUCACAAUACGCGAACUGUGCGCACCAGAAGGUCAUCGCGCGAUCGAGGAGCUAAUUGAUACAACAUUGAAUGAGCAUGUUACCUACCAGUCUCGGCCACUUGAUCUGCGAAACCAACGCAUUUACUGUGUCAAGGCCGGUGUCAAUAGUCUGCUCGAUGUUGCCAGACAGACCUACAAAGAGGCGAAUGCAGAUGCCACAGAACUGAUCGAGAAGCUAUCAGAAAAUUGCGACAUGACUUUAGACCUGAAGUUUGACACAGCACGGCAGUACUACAUCUGUAUCUCUGCUACAGAGCCGGGUCCACUGCCAGAUAUCUUUAUCAACGUGUAUCGCAAGCGAAACCGCAUCGAAUGUCAGACAUUGGAUCUAGUCAAACUCAACCAGAAGAUCACGGACUCACACAGUGAAGUAAUAAAUAUGAGCGACCGCGCCAUCCAAAACCUGCUGCGCGAUGUGUGCAACGAAGUAUCCGGACUUUUUCGAGUCAGCGAAGCAAUUGCAAUGCUAGACAUGCUAAGCGCAUUCGCACAGCUAGCAUCGAGACAUGAGUACACCCGACCAGAGCUAACCGACACCCUAGCCAUCAAAGCAGGACGGCAUCCAAUCCGAGAACAGAUCCACUCUGCCAAAUUCAUCCCAAACGAUGCAUAUGCGACACCCCAAACACGAUUCCAAAUAAUAACAGGCUGCAACAUGAGCGGCAAAUCAACCUACAUUCGCUCCCUAGCCCUGACAACCGUCAUGGCUCAAAUAGGCUGCUUCGUACCGGCCCAGUACGCCUCCUUCCCAAUCUCCAGCCAGCUCUUCGCCCGCGUAGCAACAUCGGACGAUUUAGACGCAAACGUGUCAACCUUCGCCGCAGAAAUGCGCGAAAUGGCAUUCAUCCUGCGCAACAUCCAGCCGCGGAGCAUGGUCAUUAUUGACGAAUUAGGCCGCGGAACCAGCACAACAGACGGACUCGCCAUUGCCGUUGCGCUAGCCGAAGCACUCAUCUCCAGCAAUGCACUGGUUUGGUUCGUCACGCACUUCCACGAUCUAGCGCAGAUUCUCGCCGAGCGAAGUGGCGUCAUUAAUCUCCAUCUAGCUGCUGAUAUUGCGUCUGACGCAUCUAAAAUGACGAUGCAGUAUCGUAUCGCCGAGGGACCUGUCCCGGACCGUCGGUAUGGUCUUGUUCUUGCGCGGAUUGCUGAUCUCCCUCCUGAUGUGUUGCGUCGGGCGGGUGAGGUCUCAGAGACUAUGGAUAAGCUGGCGAGUCGGCGGAAUAGCUCUUCGCGGGCUGUGGCUAUUGCGCGGAAGCGAAAGUUGAUUUUAUCUUUGCGGGAACAGCUGAUUCUUGCUCGCCAGGGGACGAUGGAUGGUGCUGCUUUGAGGGCUUUGUUGAUCAAUUUGCAGGAUGACUUCGUCUUGAGGAUGGCUGCUAUCAACCGGGAGAUGGAGCUAAACCCCGGUGAUGAAAGUGAGGAUCGUAUUGAACAUGCUUCUGAUUUGUCGGAUCAUGAGCCCGAAGCUCAAACUUCGAAUUCGGGAGAUGAUCGUCUUGCGAUGGACGAGGCUCGUGCUCCUGAGGCGAUUGUCAUUGACUCGCAAUCAGAGCCAUAUUCGGAGUCUGAUUAUGGCGAAAAUGAUAGUGUGGUUUUGGUCUGA